UGCGCAGAGGAUCGGACGACGGGCAAACAAAGUUGAGAAAACCUCAAGAAGGCAGCAGGUGACGGUCACAGAAAAGAAGGAAGUUCGCACCUCGCACGUGUCGUGUUUGCAUCGGGAGUUCACAGAAAUUCCAUGCUAUCACUACCGAUUUGCCUCGCCGCGUUUGGAGAAACGCCGCUUUCCUUUCUCCCCAAAUUUCCUUCUCUAGGGUUUCUCUUAAACCCGCCCGACGCCAUAUCCUUCGUCUUCCUUCUCUCAACCCUUCUCCCGCACACCCUCGCUGCUACGGUUAGUGCCAACAUUACACUCUUUCUAAACGGGGACUGGUAAGGAAUUAUUGCAUUACGGAGAUGGGAGCACUUGCCCCUAUCGCGCCUUGGAGCCCUGAAGAUGAUUUUCUGCUCAAGAACGCCGUCGAGGCGGGUGCUUCCUUGGAGGCCCUUGCCAAAGGUGCUGUGCAGUUUUCUCGAAGAUACACAGUAAGAGAAUUGCAAGAACGAUGGCAUUCUUUACUUUAUGAUCCAAUUGUAUCUGAAGAUGCAUCUAUGUCCAUGAUUGAUGUUGAGCGUUCUUCUUCCAUUCUUCCAUCAAAGUUCAACAAGUUUGGGAAUUCAAAAGAAAAUAAAUGUAUUGGUGGGAAGAGGAAAUCUGGGAGUGUGCGGCAUUGCUAUUAUGCUUUGCGUAAAAGAAUUUGCAACGAACCCUUUAAUCCUAUGGGCCCGAGUUAUCUUGUUGGUGAUAGUGACUUUGUCACUGAAGAGCCUAUGUCAGGAAAUUGUAUCCCUCCAACAUCAGAUGAUUUUGGUCUUCAGAGCUCAGAGCUGGGCAUCUUGCCCUGUAAUUUUUCCCAAAAUGCGAUGAAUAAUGACGAUACUGAGCACACUUUUCAUUCUGGAUGUCAACAUACUGUUGAGCAUUUUCCUCAGAACCUGGAUAAUGGACAUGAGGGAAUUUCUCACAUUAUGGUAGAUAAUCUGCCUUUUGCCAAUGAAUCUCAUGCUAAGGAAUUGGCUCCAUCAGCUAGCUUUCCAGUCCAUAACCUCUUUGAAAAUGAUUUGGAGGCGGGACCUUCUACGUUUGUGCAACUGAGCACUGAUCAGAGAGUGAUGGGCUCUGAACCAGAAGACAACGAUGUCUUCAAUUCUCCUGUUUCUGAUUCUGGUGCAUCUUUUCAUAAUGUGGAGUACUCAUCUCCUCUUCCUGGCAUGCCAAUAUGGAGAAAUGCUUUGUCAGCCUUGCCAAUUGAUGUUGGCUUUGCAGAUAAGGAUGUGCCUACAGGAGACUCUUUUGAACUCCCUGAUGAUGAUGGGAACAACAUUCAAAAUGCAAGAUUAGCGGGCUAUGAGGCUCACUCUAACUCAAAGUUGAAGAUUGAAGUGCAGCAUGAUCAUUUGAAAAGUCCAAAUGCCACUGCUGAAGGUUGUUAUUUAGUGGAACCGUCCAAUUCUCUUUUGAACACGAGCAAUGAGGAUGAGCUGUUUUUCAUGGAUGUUGAUGGGUUGUCGCUUUUGUUGAGUUCACCAAAUGAAGUCAAUCACGAUCAAACAGGCAAUGCAAUUAAUUCAGAAACAGUGUUACCAACGGAUACAAUGUUAGAUCCCCCCUCUGCAUGUUCUGGAGAGUUGUAUGAAAAGGGAUCCCACUGUAGCGAUGGACAUUUGGAUUGUAGUUCAGAAGCUCAUCCAUCACCAUCUACAUCUUUGAACAGUCAAUGUCCUGGAAAAAUUGAUGAACCUCUUUUCUGUACUUUGAACACAGAAGACCCAGAAAUCCCUAGCAAUGACGAUGUUUUUCUACCUCCAUUGUCAACAAUUGCUACUAUGGGAUAUCAUUUUAAUGAUUGCAUGGGUCCUACUUUUUCAUCUAUUAGUGAUUUCUCUUGUAAAGAAAACUCUGGUGAAAUGACUCAAAACCUUGUGCAAAGGGAGAGGAAAAAUCAUGAUGGACGACCUCGUGUUUCAACCAUAUCAAUGGGAUUGCAUUGUUUGCCUGAAAGAGGUGAAAAACAUCUGAUUAGUGGAGCUGGUGUUAAUUUAAAAUUAUCCCAUAGCAACUCCAUACACGUGCCAUCUGCAAAUAAAACCAGCUCCAUAAAUGUAAAUGACGAUACCAUCCUACCUGUCACUCUCAUGGAAGAGAACAAUGAAAUUUCCCUGGAACCAAAUACAUCGACUUCAGUGAAAGAUCAUCGAUUAUCACGAGAAGUGGGUGUUCAAGGUGUUUUCGGUGUAGAACAAGAUGGAAUGUAUUCGACAUCUGAUCAUGAAGAGUUAUUUAUUGAUAGUGAAGAUGAUUUACCUCAUUUUUCAGAUAUUGAGGCUAUGAUACUUGAUAUGGACUUGGAUCCAGAAGAUCAAGAUCUGUAUCCAAGUGAAGAAGUCUUAAAAUAUCAACAUAUAGACACCAGGAAGAGAAUCAUCAGACUGGAGCAAGGGAUUAAUGCUUGUAUGCAAAGAUCUAUUGCUUCUCAUGGGGCAUUAGCGGUUCUGUGUGGCCGACAUUCGAAGCAUUACAUUAAGAAAUCAGAGGUUCUAUUGGGUAGAGCAACUGCAGAAUUCAUUGUAGACAUUGACUUGGGAAGUGAGGGAAGCGGUAACAAAAUAUCUCGACGGCAGGCAAUUAUAAAAAUAGAUCAGGAUGGAUUUUUCUCCCUGAAGAAUCUUGGCAAGUGCUCAAUCUCCAUAAAUAACAAGGAUGUGGCCCCUGGUCACUGCCUGCGACUUAAUUCUGGUUGCUUGAUUGAGAUUAGGGGAAUGGCAUUUAUAUUUGAGUCAAACCCAGUUCGUAUGAAGCAGUAUGUGGAUAACGUAGGCAAGACAUCUCACAAACAGGAGUAUCAAUCAUAAUGAUAGAUGGCAACGUAGCUGGCAUGGACUGUUGUACAGUCGGAAGGUGCUCAUGUUUCUGCACUUUCUUCUGGUUCUUUAGGUAUGCUGUCUUAAGUUGUUAUCUAGCAUGCGAUUAGAAAUGUAAAUUCUAUUAGUUUCAGUAAUUCCAGUAGUUAUUUCGUAUAUUGCUUUGUGAUUCAACGUUUUACUUCUCAAUGAGGUUUCAUUGGAUUGCUAAAGAUGGGAAACAAUAGCAACAACACGUUUAUGGAAAGAUUAUUUCGAGAAGUAACAUCAGCGAGGAGUUGUCCAACCAAAUUGCGAAGAUAUAGGUAAAUUUGUACUCGUUAUCUACCCAACCCAGCCACGCAUUCUGGUUACUCCCUGAGACAUCCAAGUGGGUUUUAGGCAUCCCACAAGUUUCUUCACCAUAUGAUGCUUCUCAUCUUUGCACUUUGGAGCCCCACCAACUGAAGUUGCUAUCUUUUUGGGAUAUAGCUUCAGGUCAAAAUGAAGGUAAUGAUCCCUGAAAUCGAAUCUGGGCUCCUUGCUCUGCCCAUCCCUAGUAACCAGCUUGGCCAAUUCCAUACCUAUCUAGAAAGUGUAACAAUUUGGCUUGGGUCGAAAGGGAUACCUUCAAAGGAGGUCUUUUCUGCUGUGCUAGCAUUAACUCUUACAUUAUUUAACAAUAUCGUGUAUAUAUGGAACUUACAAUUACAAGAAACUGAUCAUAACCUUUGCUGACAAGUUGUGUGAGCUCUGUUGAUAAUCUUCAAUGCAAUCUAUUGCGAAUAUCUUGUAAUAAAAGGCCUUGCCUUCUCAAAAUGUGCCUCUAACCCAUUGAACAGCCUAGGUGAUGUAUUUGUAGAGGGAGUUGAGGUUGCAACAUUUGACAGCCAAUUUAAUCUAGAGGCGUAGUCAGAGUGAAGGAUAUCUGACAAAUUCAAUACAAAAGAAACUGCAGGUUCGGACAAUCUAAUCACGAUUUCAACUCAGGACAGCUACAAAACGAGGCAGUGGCUGAUGUCUGAUGUCUGAUGUCUGAUGUCUGAUGUGUUGGAUUGGAGGGACUCACCGACCUGUCCAAACUGAUAAAAGCCUUAUCCAUCUGAUUCUGAACUGAAAUCGUGAAUUUAUUGCAAUACUUUGUUGUUGUCGAGAAAGGGGAUGAAUCUUCUUGGUACCUGCGCUGUCUCGAUUUUCUGCUCUUCCAAGUUGGUAGCCACUUAUUUUGAUUUGUCAUUCUCUUACUACUGACAUUUUAUCAAUUAGUUUAUAUCAUCUCUAUAUGUAAGAAAUUAUUGAAUGAAUAGAAGAUAUAAGUUGUUAGGAAUA